AUGGCUCGAGGAGGUCCUACUCCUCGCAGAGGUCGCGCAAAUUCGCGUUUUGGAUAUCGAGGCAAUAGUUCUUUCCGCGGUGGACGAGGGAGAGGAAGGGGCAGAGGCCGCGGUGGCGCACCAGCAGAAUCUCAGCCUCAGCGCGAAGAUGAUGGGACCCAGCUGGCGGAGCGGUUUGAACAGGUCGCCUUGAACGACGAAGUCGAUGAGAAGCUUGGAUUUUCCCGAGUGUCUGAGGGCCCCAGGAGAGAAGGGUGGUUGGUCAACAUGCAUCCGACACUGGUUAAGGAUCCCGAUUGGCCAUCAGGCAAGGCUGGAGUGGACUUCUACUUCAUUCAAGACGACGGAGGCAUGUUCAAGAGCACGCUGCAGUAUGAGCCAUACUUCUACAUCGCCUGCAAGAGUGGCAUGGAGACCAUUAUCGAGGAAUGGCUCCUAAAGAAGUACGAAGCACAUAUUUAUCGCAUCACGCGGGAACGUAAAGAGGACUUGGAACUACCCAACCAUCUUCUUGGCCACAGACGACUGUACCUGCAGCUACACUUUCGGAACGUCUCAGAUCUCCUGGCUGUUCGACGCGAUAUCAUGCCACUUGCCCUUGCGAACAGCGCGAAAUUGGACGCAGUUGACGCGUAUGCAGAGGUGGUCAACUCCACUGCUAGCGCAAGCUUAAACAUUGAGAUGGAAGGCGCGUGGCGCGCUGAGGCAGAAGCAGGACCGAGUACCACCUGGGGGGGUGGUGGGCGGGACAAAGACCCGCGUGAGGGUAUCAUCGACAUUCGCGAGUUCGAUGUGCCGUACUAUUUGCGUGUUGCAAUGGACAACGAGAUCCGUGUUGGUCUCUGGUACUCGGUCACAUUUACGGCAGGUCAGCCGGCCUUCAAACAGCUUGUGGAGCGUGUCAAGCGUGCUGACCCUGUUGUGAUGGCGUACGAUAUUGAGACGACGAAGGCUCCGCUGAAAUUCCCGGACCAGGCGGUCGACCAAGUCAUGAUGAUUUCGUACAUGGUUGACGGACAGGGCUUUUUGAUCACGAAUCGCGACAUUGUUAGCGAGGACAUUGAGGAUUUCGAGUAUACGCCGAAGGAGGGCUACGAAGGGCCGUUCACGAUAUUCAACGAGCCUGAUGAGUCAUCCACGAUUCGGAGAUUCUUCUCCCACGUACAGGAUGUCAAGCCUACGGUCAUGGCUACUUUUAACGGGGAUUUCUUUGAUUUCCCGUUCUUAUGUGCUCGUGCAAAGAUUCAUGGGAUCGAUAUGUUUAUCGAAAUGGGCUUCGCUAAAGACUCCGAGGACGAGUUCAAGAGUCGCACUUGCGUGCAUAUGGAUUGCUUCCGGUGGGUCAAACGCGACUCGUAUCUUCCACAAGGUAGUCAAGGUCUCAAAGCCGUUACGACCGCUAAGCUGGGGUAUGACCCUAUAGAGUUGGACCCGGAGCUAAUGACGCCCUACGCCAUGGAACAACCUCAAACACUCGCGCAGUAUUCAGUGUCAGAUGCGGUGGCGACGUAUUACUUGUACAUGAAAUAUGUGCAUCCAUUUAUCUUCUCGCUGUGCAAUAUCAUUCCGCUCAAUCCAGAUGAGGUACUUCGGAAAGGUAGUGGCACGUUAUGCGAGACUUUGCUCAUGGUCGAAGCAUAUCGAGGGGAAAUUAUCAUGCCCAACAGGCAUGAAGAAGAACACGGGAACAUGUGGGAGGGUCAUCUCCUUGCUUCUGAGACGUACGUAGGUGGCCACGUCGAGGCACUGGAGGCUGGGGUCUUCCGCAGUGAUAUUCCUACUCACUUCAGGAUCGAGCCAUCUGCGGUUCAGAAGUUGAUUGAUGAACUAGAUGCGGCGCUGACCUUCUGCAUCAUGGAGGAAUCCAAGUCAUCUCUCGAAAGCGUAACGAACUACAACGAGGUGAAAGCCCAGAUUCAAGCUGCGCUCGAGGAGAUGCGAGACAAUCCUCAGCGCAUGGAUAAACCACUUAUCUACCACUUGGAUGUUGCUGCCAUGUAUCCAAAUAUCAUGCUGUCAAACCGACUGCAGCCGGACUCCGUGGUCGACGAAUCAGUUUGUGCAGUAUGCGACUAUAAUCGACCCGGAAAAACUUGCGAUCGUCGUAUGACAUGGGCAUGGAGAGGUGAAUUUUUCCCUGCGCGGCGGGACGAAUUCAACAUGAUCAAGCACGCGCUGAACCAGGAGACAUUCCCUCCGAAGCGACCUGGUGGUUCUCAGCGCCAGUUCAUCGACCUCACUGAUGCCGAGCAGACGGCCUUGCUCCAUAAACGACUGGGUGACUAUUCGCGCAAAGUAUACAAAAAGAUCAAGGAUACGAAGGUCGAGAACAGAGAGGCCAUUAUCUGUCAAAGGGAGAAUCCAUUCUAUAUUGACACAGUGCGACGAUUCCGUGACCGACGGUACGAAUACAAGGGUCAUCACAAGACUUGGAAGAAGAACCUCGACACAGUGCUCUCUGAGCAACGUUCGAUCGCGGAGGUAGACGAGGCGAGGAAGAUGAUUGUGUUGUACGACUCUCUUCAGCUGGCUCACAAGUGUAUUCUGAACUCGUUUUACGGCUACGUCAUGCGCAAGGGGGCUCGCUGGCAUUCGAUGGAGAUGGCAGGUAUUACUUGCUUGACUGGUGCCACCAUCAUUCAAAUGGCUCGACAGCUGGUGGAGCAGAUUGGUCGACCUCUGGAAUUGGAUACAGAUGGUAUCUGGUGCAUGCUGCCUGGGAUCUUCCCAGAGAACUUCAGGUUCAAGCUCACCAAUGGAAAAACGAUUGGCUUCUCCUACCCCUGUACCAUGCUCAAUCACCUCGUUCACGCACAAUUCACGAACCAUCAAUAUCAUGACCUUGACCUGGAAACUGGUGAAUAUCGCAUUCAUAGCGAAAACUCGAUCUUCUUCGAGUUGGAUGGUCCUUAUAAAGCGAUGAUCUUGCCUUCAUCGAAAGAGGAGGAUAAGUUGCUGAAGAAGCGGUAUGCAGUCUUCAAUGACGAUGGCUCCUUGGCCGAAUUGAAAGGCUUUGAAGUCAAGCGACGCGGCGAGCUGCAGCUUAUUAAGAUAUUUCAGUCUCAGAUUUUCGAACGCUUUCUGCUUGGUGGUACGACAGAAGAGUGCUAUGCGGCCGUUGCUCAGGUUGCAGAUAGAUGGCUAGAUGUCUUGUUCAGCAAAGCGGAAAGCCUUGGAGAUGACGAGCUGAUUGAGCUUAUUGCCGAGAACAGGAGCAUGUCGAAGACCUUAGCCGAAUAUGCCGGACAGAAAUCGACGUCUAUCAGUACCGCAAAACGUCUCGCAGAGUUUUUGGGCGACCAGAUGGUUAAGGACAAGGGCCUUGCGUGCAAGUUCAUCAUUUCUAAACAGCCAGCGGGUGCACCGGUCACAGAACGGGCGGUACCAGUCGCUAUAUUUUCUGCCGAAGAUAGCGUUAAGCGCACUUACCUGCGCAAAUGGCUGAAGAAUAAUGGUCUAACGGAGUUUGAUAUCCGGUCCAUUCUCGACUGGGAAUACUACAUCGAGCGAUUAGGGUCCGUUAUCCAGAAAUUGAUUACCAUUCCUGCAGCGAUGCAGAAGGUAGCUAAUCCAGUUCCUCGAAUCAAGCAUCCAGACUGGUUGCAUCGCCGCGUCGUCGCUCUAGAUGACAAGUUCCAUCAGCACAAGGUCACGGACUUCUUCCGACUCAAGGUGCCAGGGGAGCAGGAAACUCAUGAUCUCGAGGACUUUGGAACUCCUACGCGCGAUAGUGAUCGGCCACGCCUGGCAAUCGUCAAUCGAAAACCCGCGCCUCGACAAGACACUCCGGAACCAGCUGAGGAGCAGCCUUCCUAUCAGCUCGCUGUCACAGAUUAUAGAAGAUACCUCAAGAUCAAGAGGCCCAUCUGGAGACGUUGUCGGAAUGGCGAGACCGACGCCGUUCUGCCCUCAAUGUUCAAGGCUACGACGAAUUUGAAUAGUCGUUGGGACGUCGUGCAAAUCCGUCCUGCUAGAGGACCAGGUCACUUUACCUUAUGGCUUGCCGUAGGGGGUAAUCUUGUCUCCCUGCCCCUUCGCAUACCUCGGGAAUUCUACUUGCAUCGCCGUACACCGGCAAAGUCGGACCAAUUUCGAAAAGACAUAUACACAUGGGAGAAGGUGGUCCGUGGUCUGCCAAGAGACAGGCCAUGUGUGAAUCUGUACAAGCUGAGUGUCCGUGAAGACGUAUACAUACAGGCGCAGGAGCACUUCCUUGACUUAACCAGUGACCCUAGUGUGGAUGGUGUGUUUGAACAGCAAAUACCUCUUGUUAUGCGAGCCGUAUUGAGGUUGGGCAAGACAUGUGUGUCUGGGGUCAGCGGAUUGACACUUAACAAGGCUGAAGCGGUGGGGUUCGAUCUAGACCAGCUUGGCCGAGCAAGCUCUCAAUCAUCCAAACGUAAAUAUUUGGAUGAAGGUAGGACGGGGAAGUAUAUCCUCCUCUACCAUGCUUGCUCCAAUACGGCUCCUGUCCAUGUCUUCGCCCUGUUCGUGCCCAAUAGCCCUGUCAGGCUCCACAUAGUUGAUCCCGCCACACGGCGCCAAGGAAUUCCUCGACUAUCCGAGUUGUAUACAGAGCUUCUGAACAAACGUCGACAAUCCGCCAGGUCGAACGUCUCGUAUACGUACCCGUCAACAUGCGAUUUCACUAGCACCUAUCACGGCAGUGAUUUGAUGGCCCUCAAAGCAAUCUCUCGCGAGCUUGGACUCCUGGAAUCCCAAGCAUAUAUGCUAGUGAUCUCGUCUAGCAAGGAGCAGACAUACUUUGAUACACACAUACCAAGACUCUCUAAAUUUCCUGUGUUAUCAAUGCCAAAGGCUAAAGUUCCUCACACUUUAGAUGUCUUCCCGUGGCAGACAGGCGUCGCGCAGAAGCUCGUGGGCCGUUAUCUGACCAUGGGCACAUGGCUUGAUAGAUCAAUUUCUCUAGCCAACUACUACGACGUGCCUCUCGGCCAUAUUGAUGGUGACCAACCACUGCUCCUUUCCGACAUCGAAUUUGCUCGCAAACUGGCGGAGCAUGAUAUCGUUUUGUGGUGGUCGCCAGGGGAUCGUCCAGACUUGGGUGGGAUGGAGAAUGAUGCUAGACCAUCUGAAGAAUUGUCUAAGACUGAAUUCUGCUCUCCGGGAUGUUAUUCAAAUGUUUGUCUGGAGAUUACGGUUCGUAAUUUGGCGGUCAAUGCCGUCCUGCAUUCGGUCAUCGUCAACGAGUUAGAAGGUAGUGGAGGAGCCACUGCUUUUGACUCUUCCCAUACACUAGACGAGUACGCGGGAGGGGACUCGCCACGAGAUCUAACUUUCGGUGACGCUAGUGUCUCACCGCAGACCUUCUCGAUUCUCAAGUCUAUGGUGAAGACAUGGCUAUUGGACAAGAUUCAGGGCAAUUUCGAAAGUCCCGCAUCCGUCGCUAUCGAUCAUUUUUGGCGGUGGAUAAGCUCGAAUGCGUCCCAUAUGUACGAUCCGAGCCUUCACCGCUUUGUUCAUGGGCUCAUGCGCAAGACAUUCAUCCAAAUGCUUGCUGAGUUCAAACGCUUGGGAUCUCAUGUCGUAUACGCUGAUCUCAGCAAAAUUCUCUUGGUCACUUCCAAACCCCCUGGUACGGCGCAUGCGUAUGCGACAUACAUCACAACCGCAGUAACGUCUCACGAGCUUUUCCAGCACGUUUACCUAUACACAGCACGUUUUUAUGAUUUCCUCCUUUUCAUGGAUCAGGCAAAUAUUGCGGGAGUUGUUUGCGAAGAUCCCUUGGCCGUGAACCCUCCCGAGGCCUUGUCCGUGGAGAUGCGAUGGAAUAUCGAGACAUUUUUGCCGCCUGCGAUUCAGCGCGAUUUCAAAAACGUGAUUCGCUUCUUCCUUGUGGAAUUCUACAGAACGUGUCAAAAGAGCUCGGGCACAGCUCGCGCUCCUCUGAGGGUCCUGCAGAAUGGCGCGCCAGAUGCAACCCAAAAGGGCAUAGCGAAGACGCAAGAAAUGGAUGCCUGUCGUGAUUUCAUCGCUCGUCGUCUCACAAGGAAACUUCUCAAAACCGUUGGCGAUAUUCAAGAACGAUAUCGCAUGGCUGUCACCGAUGAGGAGGCGCUCGUUUACUGGGAAUUUCCUUUACUUCCUGGGUCGCACUUGCACCUCACGAAUCCCCUCCUCGAGUUCGUCAAAUUCGCCUGUGUAAUCUUCAGCCUGGCGAAGGACUAUCAGCUCGAGGUCGGUCUCUUGAAGCGCAACCUAUUAGAGCUUGUUGGCGUGCGAGAGUUCGCGAGCGAGGCGACGUUCCAUAACCCAUGCGAGCCACUCAAGUUGUCAAACGUCCCUUGCUGUCAUUGUGAUGGGCUGCGCGAGUUCGACUUCUGUCGUGAUCCGGAGCUACUUCCGAACAAUCUCGAGGUCAAUGUGCGCUGGCUUUGCGACAAUUGUGGGGGCGAGUACGACCGCACCACGAUUGAAUUUGCGCUGAUUAGUAUGGUCUACGACCUGGAGCGUCGGUUUGCACAACAGGAUCUGCGCUGCUCAAAGUGCAAGCGGCUCCAGUCGGACAACGUUUCCCGCCAUUGUCAAUGCUCCGGGAGUUAUCAGCUGAACAUGAGUAAGGUCGAUGUGCGGCGAAAGUUGCGCACCAUCGUGAAUGUGUCAAUCGCGCAUAAUAUGACACGGCUUAGGGAAUGUGCACAAAUGAUGCUCGAUUCUUGGUAG